AUAUCUCUCACAGAGAACAUCAAGACUCUUGCAUAAUGCCAUAUAUCGAAAUAUCCCUACCUGGAUCUGACCAGCCAACGACGUGCCCAUCACCACAGUGCCCCAAUAGAUCAAACCCCACCAAGUCAAACAUCCAGAAUGGCUUCUGGACCUUUACAGCAGCUUCAAGCGGCGGGAACUGUCCUGAUCGCCGAUACAGCGGAUUUUGAGAAAAUUGCCCGUUUUCAGGCGUCUGAGGGAACUACCAAUCCUAGUCUCCUCUAUGCCGCCGCGCAAAACAGUGCAUAUUCCUCUUUGAUCUCAAGAAGCGUUUCGCGCGCAAAAAGCUUUCCCUCAUCUGUUUCGGCUACUGAACGCCUGUCAACAGCAGUCGACUUCUUAGCUGUUCAGUUCGGAACCCAGAUCUACAAGCUCACCGGCAAGGUCAGCACUGAAGUUGACGUCACCCUUUCAUUCGAUACCAAGGCCACUGUGGCUGCUGCUCUCCGCAUCAUUGACCUCUACAAGCAGGAGGGAGUUCCCAAAGAGCAGAUACGCAUUAAGAUUAGUGCCACCUGGGAGGGAAUCCAGGCUGCGCGGAUCUUGCAAAGUGAGCACGGCGUCAGCUGUCUGAUUACCGUGGUCUUCGGCCUCGUUCAGGCCAUCGCUGCCGCAGAGGCUGGCGUUGAUGCCAUUGCCCCAUAUGUCGGUCGUAUUGCCGACUGGGGGACGUUGCACGGUGCUGAGGAGGACCUGGGCGUGGCCACUGUGUCAAAGAUCCAGAAUUACCUUAGAAAGCACGGUUUCAAGACCAAGGUCAUGGCAGCUAGCUUCAGAAAUGUUGGCCAGGUUCGAGACUUGGCUGGCGUUGAUCUGCUCACUGCAGCACCAGCCAUUCUUGAAGCGGUUGAGAAGGAGACGGAACCCAUUGUCGCCAAGCUGACAACGAAGAGUGCUCAAGAGUCAGACCUGCCUGAGGUUUCUUACAUCAACGAUGAAUCAGCCUUCAGGUGGGCAUUCAAUGCUGACGCGUGCGCGGUGGGGAAGUCUGCAGACGCCAUGAAGAAGUUUGGCGAUGACACCGAAAAGCUGAAGGCUCUACUCGCAGGACUACUUGCCUGAACAGUUUGCGUGAUGUAAGACUGUGCAAUAGAUGCGGUGCCAUCAAGACUGGGUACAGAGUUUAAUGUAACUUAAUUAAACACAUCUACAAUCGUCAUGAAAACCUGCAUGAAGGCGUGGACUCAGCGUAGCGAGGUGUCACUAGUCCUUCCUUGGCUUUCAGGUAUUAGACCAUCGUUCGCUGCAUUGUUCAUCAUAAUACAACCGAGCUCGGAAGUAG